CACCCUCCUUCCUCUUCCCUUUGUGCGAAACCAAACAACAAGCAAACUCCACUGAUUAAGAAAAUAAAAAUCUUUCCCUUGUAAUUUCUGUUCAUUCCAAAUAAUUACCCCUUAAUUAUCCUUUUCAAAUCCCUUCCUCAGUUUAUAUACAGAAACAAAAAAACCACCCAUGUCCAACAACACUAAGAACAACCGUAGUACUCCUCCAUGGUUCUGCAACUCCACUGAUUCUCUUCUCCUCCUCCUCCAUGUCUCCUACUUCGUCACCUGAUUCCCUUUUAUCUGAAAAUAAGUUUCUUUUCUAGGGUUUUUAUAUUGAUUACAGACUGCUAGGGUUUCCAUAAGAUUAUUAUUUUCCAUUUGAUGGAGGAAUACAACAACAACAGUAGCAACCACCAAAUGAACGACAACAGCUCACCGGGCGGCGGCGGAGGAGGGAUGGCGGCGAGGGGGAAUUUCCUGUACGCGUCGCCGGUGCUUGGUGGUCCGAAUAAUACCAAUUCGUCAUCUUCGACUUCCCCUUACGGAAGAACAAGCAGUGGGUCCAGCAGUUUGACUCCCUUCCACCUUCUCAACAACAAUAAUAAUAGCAGCCCCAAUUUCCCGUCCGAUCAUCCUUCGUCGGUGAAGACCGAAUCACCCGCCGCCGCCGGUGGGUCUUCCAGCCACCACCACCACCACAAGUUUCACCACUACUCCCUCCUCAGAGAUCAGCAGCAUCAGUACCAGCAGCAGCCGCUUCAUAACAACAAUAGCAACGAGAAUUCGAGCAGCAGCGGUGGCGGUGGCGGGGAAGUGGAAGCGCUGAAGGCAAAAAUCGUCUCCCAUCCUCACUACUCCAAUCUCAUGGAAGCUUACAUGGAUUGCCAAAAGGUGGGUGCUCCGCCGGAAGUGGUGGCGAGACUGGCGGCGGCGCGGCAGGAGUUUGAGUCCAGGCAGAGGUCUUCCGGCCGGGACAGUAAUCUUGUUUCUAAGGACCCCGAGCUUGAUCAGUUCAUGGAGGCGUAUUACGACAUGCUGGUGAAGUACAGGGAAGAGCUGACUCGGCCGAUCCAGGAAGCCAUGGAGUUCAUGCGCCGCAUCGAGACUCAGCUCAACAUGAUGUGCAACGUUCCCCUCCGCGUCUUCAACUCGGAUGAGAAGUCGGAGGGGGCAGGUGGGUCAUCGGAGGAGGACCCGGACAACAGCGGAGGAGAGACGGAGCUCCCGGAGAUCGACCCGCGAGCGGAGGACCGGGAGCUGAAGAACCACCUCCUGAGGAAGUACAGCGGCUACCUCAGCAGCCUCAAGCAGGAGCUGUCCAAGAAGAAGAAGAAAGGCAAGCUCCCCAAAGAAGCCCGCCAGAAGCUGCUCAGCUGGUGGGAGCUUCACUACAAGUGGCCUUACCCAUCGGAGUCGGAGAAAGUGGCGCUGGCGGAGUCGACGGGGCUGGACCAGAAGCAGAUAAACAACUGGUUCAUCAACCAGCGGAAGCGGCACUGGAAGCCGUCGGAGGACAUGCAGUUCAUGGUGAUGGAUGGGCUGCACCCGCACCAGAACGCUGCUCUCUACAUGGGGGAGACUGCUCAUUAUAACAUGGGCGAUGGACCUUACCGCUUAGGUCCCUGACCGCCGGCCACGCCAUUAAUUAAGGCGUACACUUCCUCUUCUUUGCUUAAGUCAAUUAAUGAGCCCAAUGCAUGCAUGGGAGUUCGUAUAAUAUGUUACCUCAAGAAUGUAAGACGAUCGUCCAUCGUGUAAUACUUUUCCAUUUUUCCGGGCAAGGGGACAAUCUGAGGAGAAUGUUGUAUGUAGCAGAAUAGCAGCUAGCUAGAUAUAUGAUAAGCUUUUGUUGUUGCUGCCUACUGAUCUCUCUUGUGUGCAUGCAUGGGUUCUAUAUAUGUCUGCAACUAUAUAUAUGGAUGGUGUUUUGGUUCAAGCUGUUUGUAAAGCUAGCAGUUGGCAGUUGGCAGUUGCUGGUAAUGCUUGAGGAAAACUAUUACAGGUGAUGAUGGAAUGGACUGAAUAUAAUUUCUCAAUCACA